AUUCACCGUGAUUGGUUACUCUAUCACCGAUGCUUGCUUUUGCUCUUUGCUCCGAACCCGAUAAAUUAGUGCCGCGUGUCGUUUCGUUUCGUACAUUCUAUUUUUCAUAUUUCAAUCGUCUUCUUCCCAAGUGUUUAAAUCUAUCAUCUACCGUUAAUCCGCCCUAUUGUCUCGGCGCAACCCGCUCGUCAAUUCCAACUUGGUAGAAGUAUUAUAAUGGUCUACGUGUGAUCUUUCCGUGUUGUGUCUGUGCCGAAUUGCUGAUCAUUCAGAAUACACGGGGUCGUUUGAACAAGGAAGAACGAAAGCACGCAUGUAGCGUAACUCUCGUAGGCGCGUCGUCGCGUGAGGAAGCGUCGGCGGCAUACCUUCUGUUCGUUCCGAGGGAAGGUCGGUGUUAAGCUAGUUGUUGGAAUUCUCCUAAAGGAAACGAAAGGAGGAAUAGGAAGGAAAGGAGGAAGAGGGUCACGAACGAGAGAAAUCACGCGGUGAAGAAGGAGUGGUGCAUAGACGAAGGAAAAGGAGGUGAAGGUAGUGGUGGACGUGAUUCUCGAGGGUGGAGGUGGAAGUGGAAGUGAAGGUGUAAGUGGAGGUGGCGGUUGUGGUGCCGGUGGUGGUGGUUGUAGCGGCGGCAGCGACGCUGGAAGGGGAGGAGAAAAAAAGAGUAACAGGUAAAAAUUUCGAGGAACUACGAAAUAAUCAGAAACGAGAUACGAAUCGAGGAUUCGAAACGGAAAGCAACGGAGAUGGGCUGAAAAAAAGUUCUAAGGAUUUCUCGUUUGAUCGCAUCUCGCGUACGAUUCGACUGUCGCGAGGAGACAGCUAGCCGAUGACGAAGCCAAGCCUGUGAGAAAAUUAGCCGGAGCGUGUGCGCUGACUGGCACGGAUACAGACAUUAAAACCUAUCAACCCUCCUCGCCUGUUGACAGUCUUUAAUCGUGAUAAAGUUCGAUGUUAUAUAACUAAAAUAGUGGCAAGAACAUAGGAAAAGAAAUGAAGUAAGGGUCUUGUAAAGCGUGAAGAACGGAAGAAGGGUGAUAACACGGAGCAAAGUGAUCCGUUAGCAAGAACGAAAGCGAGACAAGGCUCACGCGCUUUUUUCCCUGUCGCAUUCGUAUAGCUACGCUCUCGCUCUGGUUUCAUUAAACAAAUAUCUUCCGUAAUCGACGAUGAGGUUUCCUUGAAUUCUGAACGAAUCAGUGGAACUGAUCUCGACUCGAUUCGGUGUUCGCCGAGGGAAAUGAAGCUGCCGGUGUGUACAAUCCACCAUGGGGGACAACGACCGUCACCGCGCUACGAGAAGCCGUGUCAACUUUGCGAUUCGCUACACUAUGCAUCGACAACAGAGGCUUCGAUCGUCGUCAUCCUUUUCGUCGUUAGCGUUGCCACUCUCGACGUCUCGAUCAUCCAUCCCGACCGUUUCGUUGUCACCGGCGACAUCAAUGACGAUGUCUACGUCAGGUUCCACGUCGCUGUCGCCUUUGUCGUCAUCGCUUACGCCCUCGUCGUCCUCGCAACCGUCACCGCCGCCGCCGUCGUCUAUCUUCUUGCCAUCGUCGACGACGUGGUCGACACCAAACCUGUCGUCCUAUUCCUGGAGCGUGCAGCAAACCUCCUGCUCGAGGCUAUCUUCGUUACCGAACGAAUCGUCGAUCGUAUCGAUACCCUGUCCAAGACUCGUCUCCGUGUUAGCCUGGUCUGUGACGCUGUUACUCGUCUCGUCGUGCAUCGGUCUAACGGACGCUGGCAUCUUGAAUGGACAUCCCUUGGGUAAAAGGUCCUUCAUCGAUAUCCAAUGUAAAGGUAUAUACGACAAGAGUAUCUUUGCCCGGCUGGAUCGUAUCUGCGAGGAUUGCUACAACCUGUUUCGGGAACCCCAGUUGCAUCAACUAUGCAGGCAAGACUGCUUUGGUACGCAAUACUUUACGAGCUGUAUUCAAGCGCUGCUGCUUGAGGAUGAAAAGGAAAAGUUUGAAGAGAUGGUCGAGUACCUAGGCGGCAAGAAAUAAGAGGAAAAGAACAGAGAAGCGCUUUCAUUACGAAGGGCUUCAUUCACACGACAUCUACGAUGAACGAUUCUAACGAGACCAACGAGGAACAAGCGAAAAACCGGGAAGCCUACCUAAGUAACUUUUAGAGAAACGGUCGUCGCGAUUACACGUAGGAUAUGUAUCUUGGAAAUUCCAUUGACUCUCGUCCGCGCUACAUAUUUCCUUCGUGUAGUCAAAGGAAGAUCGUAUAUACAUAUACACGCACACGCGCGCACACACGCACACACACACUCCUGAACUGGGAAUUCGAAGCACGCUACGCGAUCAUACCUCCUCUUUUCUUUUUUCCGUUCGAGAUGCAAUUGAAUGCAACGACAAUAUACGUAUUGUAUAACAGUAACCGAGUGACUAGUGACAUGCACACGCACGCACACGCGCAUAAUUAGGUCUACUCAUUUCGAAAUCAAUUUGCGCUAAAUGGAAAAAGAUUCCACUUGUAGUACAAGAAAAUGACGAAACCGGUGAUUGAAAGCUUAAUCAAACCGAUCUAUUAAUUACUAACGCAAACAUAAAUGUCAUUACAUAUUGCCUUAGUUUUUUCUCUCUAAUUAAAAGGAAAACGUUACAUACCUAUGUAAAAAAGAAAUCAGAUAGAAACGAAGCGGUAUGAGCGAAGUUUGCGUGCUGAUGUAUACCCAUAUACGAAUCUAGUCGACAGAAUAUUUGCGUUCUUGCGAUAUUUGCGUUUUGUUUUAUUAUCUGAUUAAUCAUUAAUAAUUAUUUGCGUCGAACAAUGUCGUACGUUAUUACGACGAUUAUUUUUUAUUUCCUUUUAUAUCGGUAUUAUGAUUCUUAAAAGUAAAAAUGAAAAAAAAAUCAGCACCCGUACACGUUACUUAUUCAAUAUACAUGCCACUCGAAUGGUUUUAAGUAGAUAACGUAAUUAGAGUCCUUUCAAAGUUUGCGAUUCGCGACUAAAAAAUGGAUCAAAUAGCUUUGCAUGUUUCUUUUUGUCUCUUAACAAGCGUAAAUUAUCGAUUCACGCUACGAUAUCGUUUUUAGCGGUAGACCUUAAUUUUAUAGAAGCAGGACAAAAAGAACAUGUGCAAUAGAGAGGACUCUCAUCAAUAAAAUUGCACAUUAUUAUGUCGUCAUUACCAACAUUAUCUACAGUAUUUAAUUCUAUCGUUAACGCUACGUUAAUUGCCGUCGCUGCUAUCAUAGCAACCGCAACAACGAAUAAGUAUUAUACCAUUGCUGAACGAUGAUAUUGUUGCUGUUGCUGCUUAACUAUCGCUACUGCUACCUCCAAUAGUACUACUAUCACUAUUGUUACUGCUACGACAUACUCCCGAUUGUCGCUACCACAACAAUUACUAUCGGCUCUGUCGCCACCGCUCCUAUACACUAUUUCUACUAUUACCAACGCCGUUAAACUUGUAAACUAACACUAUUUACUUUUGUCAUCUGACCACAACGACUACAUGACGACGACGACGACGACGACGAUAACGACUGUGCAACAAAGAGCCAACGAUCAGCAUCAUUACUAUCGCCACUGUUACUGCUGUUGUUAACCGCCACCUUUAUUAUUAACUAGCAACACCCUAUCGCUACUAUUAACAAUCACCGCUGCUACAAUUCUAUUAUCACUAUUAUGUUACGCAAUAUUACAUUAUUUUAUAAUUAUAUAUAUUGUAUUGUUAGUUUAUAGUAUGUAUACUUAUUGUUGUUAUAGCUGUUAGCGUCUCACAGUUCACGUUCGACGAUGAUCAAGUGCGAAAUUGCAUUGCAUUGCAUAGUAAUCAGAACAUAAUUGAUCAUGAAAUUGAUUAAACGUGAACGUUAGCACGUCGAACGUUGAACGGAGUUGGCCGGUACGUAUAGGUACAACGUAUGAUAUUUAUUUAUUUUGUUCACUUUCUUGUGGUCUGAGAAAGGUGAUCGUAAAAUAGCGGUCAUAAAACUUAUGUAACACAAACACUGUCCGAAAUCGAUUCGUUUCCGCUUAUUACAUGUUUACGUUUCCAAUAGAUGAUCUCUAUAACUAUCCCGCAGGAUUCGUAAUUAACUAAAUAAGUGGAGACGAACACGGAGAUUUUCAUUAACAUUAAUCGAGCAUUAUUAUUUAUUGUUCUCUAACGCUCCUCCCGGGUACGCCGGGAUCAUUACGAACCAUUCCAAAAUCAGUAUUGAAACCAUUCCGAUAUCGUUCCGAAAUCUUAUCGCCAGUAUUUAACUAUUCGUUUCUAUCGCCUUUAAAUACGUACUCUUGCUAUUGCCAUACCAAAUCCAAUGGAAGAUUUGAUUGAUCGCAGUUUUAUUGUAUUUUGCACUUUGCAUUUCAUUCGAUCGGGCAAACGUUGGUAGAAAUGAAGAGAGAAUAUGGCUUAGAAUAUGUAAAUGUAUUAUUCGAUUUGAUCUGAUUCUUGUACAAUUCUCUUAUACAUAUAUAAUAUAUAUAUAUAUUAUAUAUAUAUAUAAUACUUUACAUACAUGCAUACAUACAAACAUGUACAUACACGAGUGCGCGUAUACCGUGUACACCUACUGAAACGUACGUUAUGCAAAACGUAUACAAGUAUACGUGGACACAUUCUACAUUAUACGCGCGUUCUACUUUAGAGAAACAUGCAUACUAUGUAACGUAUGAACAUGCACGUAUAUGCAUAGAAAAAAUGCGUACACGCUCUUCAUGUACCUAAGCGGCGUGUACGCACGCAAAUGUGUGUACGCGUACGAUUAAUGACAUGGACAUUUAGGUCUAUUCUUGUUUUGCGUGAAUAAACAUGAUCAAAAAAAAAAA